CUUGUCUCUCAUUUAUAGGUUAAAUAUUUUAAUAUAAACAUUUUAAGAUUUGUAUUUGACGCUAAUCUAAAAAUAUCAUAUUUUAUUCAAAUAAAUGAAAAUGUUCAAUGAAAAAUACACAAUUUUAUUGUAUUUCUCGGUAGUUUAUGUCAAAUAAUUGUGUUGAUGAUUUUACAUUUUCACCACUAAAGAUCCUCAUGCGCGCGAUGCCGGCAAAAAUUGAACUUGGAGAUGUGACACCACAUAAUAUAAAACAAUUAAAAUUAUUGAAUCAAGUUGUAUUUCCAGUUUCUUACAAUGAAAAAUUCUAUAAGGAUGUGUUGGAGGCUGGAGAGCUAGCCAAGCUAGCUUAUUACAAUGAUAUUGUGGUUGGAGCAGUUUGCUGUAGAGUAGAUACUUCUGAAAAUGCUCGAAGAUUGUAUAUAAUGACAUUAGGAUGUUUGUCUCCUUAUAGAAGACUUGGAAUUGGUACAGUUAUGGUACAACAUGUCUUAAAUUAUGUCCAUAAAGACGGUAACUUUGACUCUAUAUUCCUGCACGUUCAAGUGAAUAAUGAAGGAGCUAUUGAUUUUUAUAAAAAAUUUGGUUUUGAAAUAGUUGAAACAAAACAGCAUUAUUAUAAAAGAAUUGAGCCUGCUGACGCACAUGUUUUACAAAAAACAUUACGCCCCCAGGGCAACUUAGAUUACCAGGAAACACAUAAGUAAAAAUUAUACCAAUCCUUCCUGAAUAACUAUAUUUAUUAUCCAUGUCUAUUUGUUUCUUUGUUUUCCAUUAAUAUUUUUUUAUUUGCUCCAUCCACUGUACAAAUUAUCAAAUAAAACGAUCACUUAAUGGUUUCUAUAUUGUAUUAUGAAUUGUAUAUUUCAAUAAUUAGUAUACAUUUCAAUAUUAUAACGAUUAAUUAUAUUAAUACCAGUCUGAUGAUAAUUGAACAAUAAUGAAAUUAU